AUGAACAGCAGCCGAUGCUCCGAGCAGAAGAAGGAGCGAGAACCGGUCGUGCUCAUCGCGCUGGCAGUCUCCGUCUGCGUUCAAAGCGAAGCUCCUCGUGGGUACGUACUGAACAAGGCUGCCGGUAAAGCAUACAAAGUGAUGUACCAAGCACAAAGUUGGACUCGCGCGAAGGUGGAAUGUGAAGCGAAUGGCGCUACACUGGCGGUGCCGAAAUCACCGGAAGAGUUCGAGUUCCUGCAGAGGUUGGUGCGCGGUUUGUACUACCCGCACGUCGUGGGCUCCUGGUACAAGCUGCUGGUGUGGCUCGGCAUCAGCAAUCUUGAGGACUACACUGUCUGGAAGAACAUCGAUGGUGAAAAUAUCAACAAAACAGGUUUCAGCAAGUGGGCCAGCAGUUUUGUCGCUUUCAGCAAUGACCCCAAGGAGCCUCAUUGCGCUGGGAUGGAUGCCGUCAACAAUGGUCUACGGGACUACUGGUGCCACCUCCGCCAGCCCUACAUAUGCCAGCUGCAGGUGAACCCUAGCGAGCCUCCCACCUACAAUCAAUUUAACGAGCCCAGCAGCUAAUAUUACAUAAACAUACAUACUUAAAAUUUUUCGU